AUGUUCUGGACGCAGACCGUUCUUCUCACCUGUCUCGUGGUAGCAUUCACCGUCACCUUAUUCGAAGGGACAGACAGUGCCGUUGUGUCGGAUAAAAAGGAUGUGAAGGCUUCCGAUCCUCAAGGUGCACUGCAGAAGAUCUUCAUGCCAGAGGCGGACGCCUCCAACUUUUUCAAACGGCGCAGCAGGAGGGCUACGAAAAGCCAGGAUGAGAUAGACGCUGAACAGAGGCAAAGACUGGCAGCAGAUCAAAGGAUGAGACAGUAUCACGAGGAGCAGAGGAAUAAGUUUGAAAACUACGCUGAAGAGGAAAAUGACGAGCAAGAGGAGCGGACAAGACAGAGCACAGAGCAGUGGAGAGAGUUUCAUUAUGAUGGUCUUGACCCUCCUUAUGACUACAACAGACACACAGUUUGAAACCUAGUUAACAAAGCAAGAAAAUGGGUAAAAAGAGAUAGAACAGUAGAGUGUUUUUGGUAAAAAUGAAAUGCCUAUAAAAGUCUACCAUUUAAACAGUUUUAUGCAUUUAAUUCAUGCAGCUCAUGUAUGAUAUUUCAUAUUAUUUCUUUAAAAAGAUGUAUUUUUUCUAUUAUCCUAGGACUAAUUAUAUAAUACUUCCAGUCUUACAUUAUACUAUA